AUUCCCCUGUAACCACCAUCUCUGCACCUGACCGAGGUUAGGUGGAGGCUUCCUGCAUAACAGUCUCCUUCUGGACCCAUGAUGUUUUUGGUUGGUUCUAUGGCUUCACAGUGACCACCUUACUGAUGGUCCGGUCUAGGGGCUUCUCCGGACAGGGCUCUGGCGCGGGAACCAUGGUGGUCACUUUCGAUAAGGCAAAAGAGGAGCAAAAAAUUAUUGAAGAACAGAAAGAACGGCGAUAUCUAUUAGCUACUGGAUUCUCUCCAGUAUUAAAAAGACAAAGAAUUGAAAGCACUCAAGGAAUGACAAAACACCAACUUACUCCUGCAUCACCUGCAUCUACAUCUAGAAUGUCAGCUGAUGACAAGGAUGAGCUCCUCCAAAUGAUGAGAGACAUCAAGAGCACAGUUCAGGAAAACUCUGCUAUGUUAAAGAAACUACUCAAAGACAAUACAGUUUCUGAGGUCCCCAGCAGUACUUGCGUUCCACCUAAGGAAGUUAAAACAAGCCUAAAUCUGCCUCUUAGAACCUUUGAUGAUAUGAAAAGAACUGAAAGGGAGCUCAACACCACAACAACACGCAAACAAUAUGUAAAAUAUUUGUCAGAACUUGGAGGUUUUGGAAACAGGGAUGUGAUUAAGAAUAUUAUGCAACAUGCCCUAACAGAUGAUCUGGCUAAGGAAUUCAACUGGCAGGGAAGAGGAGAUAAAAAACCCUUCUCUCAGCUGAUUUUAGCAGACGUGAUCAGAGAGGCUGCAUUCAAACGAAAUGUAAUCAGGGUCGACUGUGAAACUGAAAUAAAAAAAUAUCUGAGUUACACAGGUGAUCGACUCAGUCGGAUGAGGCCAAGAGAACAAGCAGGGCACGAGAUCCCAAAUGUGAUUCCCACACUGAUGGACAACCAACCAGAAAUGUCUUGGGAUGUUUUUGAUGACUCAGUGUGGAGUAUUUGAUCAUGAAUCACAGGUCAUGCAGACAAAAUUACACAUUAACCAUACAUUUUAUGAAGUACUGCAUGUCAUUUUAAUUUUUUUUUAUUUAAUUUUAUUUUUUUUUUCAAAUUGUGGUAAUAUCCUUUUCCUCAACCUUUAUUUAACAGUAAAAAAAAUAAUCAAAUAUUGAAAGUUUCCCUGUGACAUUACUGCAUGAAUUGACAUGUUUUUCAGCUGCGUGACAGUAGUGGCAUUAGUUUGUUUGAGCCAAUAAACUUUAUUAAAACAAAAAAGUGUACAAAAUUUUGUAAAUAACUUUUUAGGCUAUAUCUGUCAUUUCCAGU